AGUGCUUUAUUGAAUGAAAAUCUAAAUGAAGUUGUUAAAAUUAGUUGCUUAAGAUGCUUAAACACUAAAAAAAUAUUAACUAAAACCAACAAACUAACACAAGAGCAAACGCUGCACCGAAUAUUACUUAUUCACACACACUCCUCUUUUCUUUAUAAAAAAAAAAAAACAAUAAACGCACCACUCCACAAAACCAACGGCAACCGUACACUAACUCCGCCCACACACACACACGCAGAACUCUUGACAUCCGCUGACAUCGAAGACGGCAAAGUCGAAGUCGACCCUGUUACCAAGGCACGCACCGAAUAUAAAGUUAUCGAUGGCGGUUAUGAGGUACGCACCAUCACCCCCCAGCCAAAUGGCACGUUGAARACCGCCGUGCGCACUUUCUGGGAUCCCAAGCCCGUCAGCGAAGAAGAUGCGAAGCGUGAGGCGCAAAAUAAGCUGGAGAUCCGUAAGCGCUUCGGCAAGGAGGUACGCAUCGACAAAAAUACAACUAUGUUGACACGCGAAAUCGAAGGUGGUUACGAAGAAGUCUACACCACCAUCAACGAUGAUGGCACACGCAGCAUGCGCACUAAGACUUUCUUCGAUUCAAUACCAGCUGAGUUGCCCGACGACUACAAGGUGCCUGCCGUCGACAAGAAUAAGAAGAAGAAGGCUUUGGUGAAAAAAUCUUCGGUGGACUCGACCGAUUCAACUGAAUCUCGUCGUAUUGUACAACGUACCGACCAACAACAGGGUAACUUCAAGCAACACACCACCGUGGAGGAGUCAAGUCGUUUCUCGCAGAGCACCGAGAUCACCGAAAACAAUCGUACUGUACGCAAGAACUCCGUACAAGAACAAAAUGUCAAACAAAUUACCUCUUCGACUGGCAGCGGUGUUGAUAGUAAGGACAAGAAGAAGACCAAGAAGACCAAAUCUAAUAUACCACCACCACCACCAGAUUUCAUUGAGAAUGAUACCACCACUGUCAGCUCAAAGCGUGUGCCACAUGGUGUUGAGUACACCUACUCUACCAAAUUGGAAUCGGGAAAAACUAUCACCACUUCCAAGACGGUGUACGAAGAAGAAGAGGCCGAAUUGACUGAAGAAGAGAUACGCGCUUAUAAGAAGACCUUGAAAGAUGCUGAGAAGCAUAAGAAUGUUACAUCCACAAAGAAACUCCGCUCCGAAUCGGGUACCAAGAAGGUUGUACCAUCUGAGAAUCCCGGUGAUGUGACUACCGUUGAGACUAUCAAAAUCGAAGGUGGCACCGAAUAUCAUUACACCACUGUCACCGCUGAGGGUAUCGUCAAGAAGGCCGUUAAGACUGUUUACGAUCCGGUGGCCAGCAAUGGCGGUGAAGAAAGCGAGGAAGAGAUCGUGGAGGAGUACGAAGAAGAAAUCAUUGAGCCCGGCGAGAAGAAUGUGCGUACCAUUGAGACCGUGAARCAAUUGCCAAAGAAAUUCGAAGAGGAGGUCACCGUCACCCAUGAGAARACCGAGAAAAAGGUAAAGAAGUCCAUGAUGAUCAGCCACUAAACUGCUAAACGCUGUAGAGCUUCGCUGCAAGAGCGGAUGAAUGUGUGGAGCGCAAAUUUGCUACAUUAUCAAUUCUAAUUAUACAGGGUGCCUAAACCAUUUUUUAUAAAAAAAAAACAAAAACAACUCAUUUUCAAAUUACAUAAAACACACAUCCAAACACACGCUCGCAUAUCGACACCACACUCAUGCACUUGUUUGCAACGGCACAGUAAUACAAUUGCAAUGAAAAAAAAAAAAAUAAUAAU